GUGGGGAGGGGGGCGCCGCGGGUGCCGGGCCCGGGCGCGGAGCCCGGCAGCGGCGGGAGAUGGCGGCGCCCAUCACCACGAAGGCGGCCUGGAAGCUGCAAGAGAUCACGGCUCACAGCAGCAAUGUGUCCUCGCUAGUCCUGGGGAAGAGUUCAGGCCGGCUUCUGGCAACUGGAGGAGAUGACUGUCGAGUCAACAUAUGGUCAGUUAACAAGCCCAACUGUAUCAUGAGCUUGACAGGGCACACAUCACCCAUUGAGAGUCUACAGAUCAAUAUAAACGAGGAACUCAUUGUUGCAGGGUCCCAGUCAGGGUCCAUUCGCGUUUGGGACCUGGAAGCUGCCAAAAUUCUUCGUACAUUAUUUGGUCACAAAGCGAACAUCUGCAGCCUUGAUUUCCAUCCUUUUGGAAGUUUUGUGGCAUCUGGCUCUUUGGACACAAACAUUAAGCUCUGGGAUGUAAGAAGAAAAGGCUGUGUCUUCAGGUAUAAGGGUCACACUCAAGCAGUUAGAUGUCUCCGAUUUAGUCCUGAUGGCAAAUGGUUAGCCUCUGCUGCUGAUGAUCAUACUGUAAAGCUGUGGGAUCUGGCUGCUGGGAAGAUGAUGUUUGAGUUUACAGGACAUGCUGGCCCAGUGAACGUUGUAGAAUUCCAUCCAAAUGAAUACCUUUUGGCUUCUGGCAGCUCUGACAGGACUGUUCGAUUCUGGGACCUGGAGAAGUUUCAAGUUGUGAGCUGCAUUGAAGAAGAGGCUACUCCCGUCAGGUGUGUUCUUUUCAACCCAGAUGGCUGUUGUUUGUAUAGUGGUUUCCAGGAUUCACUGCGUGUGUAUGGCUGGGAGCCUGAGCGCUGUUUUGAUGUGGUCUUGCUGAACUGGGGAAAAGUAGCUGACUUAUCUAUCUGCAACAACCAGCUGAUAGGAGUUUCCUUUGCGCAAAGCACAGUUUCUUCCUUCGUUGUGGAUCUCAGCAGAGUCACAAAGUCAGGUUCGGUUCCUCAUGGGCUGAUCAGGGAUGACAAGCCUCUCAUUCAGCCCACCCCCACAGGGUCCUCCCUUCGACGUAUCUAUGACAGGCCCUCAACUAGCUGCAGCAAGCCACAAAGAGUGAAGCACAACUCAGAGAGUGAGAGGCGCAGUCCCAGCAGUGAAGAUGACCGGGAUGAGAAGGAAUCAAAGGCUGAGAUCCAGAACCCAGAGGAUUACAAAGAGAUCUUCCAGCCCAAGAAUGCCAUCUCUCGAACUCCUCCACGAAACAAUGAGCCUUUUCCAGCCCCCCCUGAAGAUGAACCUGUAACUGCAAAGGAAGCAGUGAAGCCUAACCAAGCUGUGGAAGUCCAGACCCCGUUGCCGAAGCAGGAACUUCCUGACCAAAUUCAGAGGCCACCAAUUGCCUCCUCAACUCCUGUGACCAGAGCAGAGCUGUCAGUGAUUCCUGCAGCCAGGAAUGAGCCCAUUGGCCUGAAAGCAACUGACUUUCUACCAGCUGUGAAAAACCAAAGCCAGACUGAGCUUGUGGAUGAGGAAGCCAUGUCCCAAAUCAGAAAAGGCCAUGAGACCAUGUGUGUGGUGCUCACCAGCCGCCACAAGAAUCUGGACACUGUGCGGGCUGUAUGGAGCACCGGUGACAUCAAGAACUCUGUGGACUCUGCUGUAGCAAUCAAUGAUCUGUCUGUUGUUGUGGACCUCUUGAACAUUGUCAACCAAAAAGCGUCUCUCUGGAAGUUAGAUUUGUGCACUGUAGUCCUGCCUCAGAUAGAAAAACUACUCCAAAGUAAAUAUGAAAGUUACGUGCAGACUGGCUGCACCUCCUUGAAACUCAUUCUCCAGAGAUUCCUGCCAUUGAUCACAGACAUGCUUGCUGCACCACCUUCGGUCGGCGUAGACAUCACCAGAGAGGAAAGGCUCCAUAAAUGCAAGCUGUGCUACAAGCAGCUGAAGAACAUCAGCAACAUCGUCAAGAACAAGUCUGGGCUCAGCGGCCGCCAUGGUAGUGCCUUCCGGGAACUGCAUCUCCUCAUGGCUGUCCUGGAGUGACAGCUGCCACCUCCUCAUCUGCAGACAUGUGGCCGAAAUCCCCUCUGCUCUUGGUCUGACUGGAUUUCACCUCUCUGUGUGUUCAUCCUUCCACCACAGCACAGUAGGGAACAGGAAUCUUGCUGGCUGGCCACCUGUCCAGCACCAGUACCUAAUGGGCUAGGUAUAAGACCUGAGUGGAGAGGUGCCUGUGCGGUGCAAGGGGACCAGGCUGGCUGAGGGUUCUGCAAAAAAUCCCUGUAGGGAAGCAGCUUCAUUUCAGCUUUUUACCUCAGCAUCAAGCUCUGAGUUGCUCUGUCUCUGUGUGCUGGCCUUACUCUGGCUGGAGGGCUCCAAACCUGCUUGUCACCUUUCCUUCACGCAUGUGUGCUGUUGGUUCUUGACACUCGGCUCUGAUGGCCUAGGCCUGCUCUCUGCAGCAUGCUGAGGACUGCAGCUUUUGCCCCCCAAAAGCCUGCUGUGGUGUGGAGCACCCUUUCCCUACAGAAAGGACUUGACCUCUUCUGCUGGCACAUAGGACCAGCCUUGUUGGCUUGCUUCAGAAAAAUGUGAGCCAGGACACUGUGCCACCACACCUGGUAUAGUCUCGAGGGCCUGUAUUGAGAGGAAGUUGUCUCAUAACUUGACAAUCCCUGCUGGUAACCCUACCCCACAGAAGAUUAGUAUCUUCAGACUGUUGCUGGGAAAUGAGGUCUACCUGGAUCUGUUGACCUAUAUGACUUCAAUAGGACUUGCCAUACAUGUUUGCCUUUGGGGGUAAGGGUGGAAGAAUGGAGGGACAUGGACUAAUGUCUUUCUACAUCCACUGGACCACUUUUAGGAUUGUGGUUUUAUUGUUCUGUUUUGUCAUCCUGUCUGUCCCUGUUUUCCCCUCCUCCCCCACCCCAAUAAAUGGCUGUCAGAACCCUUCUGUCCCUCUUUCUUCUUUCCUUUGGGGAAAGAGGCUCCUGUUGGUGCCACCCCUGCUCCUCCCAGUCUGUCUCCUGUUUUAUACACUGGAGCCUGUUGUCUAGGAAACUGUAACUUAUAAUGAAUUUUAAUAAUAAAAGAUUUGUAACUUUUCUUAA